UUUAGCUCAAACGGUUGCAUCCAAGCGGAUGCACUCUGCCUAGGUAAGCUGCAGGCUCCCCUUCACGGAGUCAGCAACGUUCCUGUUGCAAAUGUCCUGGGCUAUGUCGAAGCAACUUGUCUGUCUUGAAGAGCCAGCCUACGGUGAUUAUCUCGAUUGCCUUUUCCAAGGCAGUAUGGGGCCUUGCUCUCUUUGGCAGGAGGUUUAGAAAAUAACGUUGCUGCAUUUGUCAUGGUCAGCUUACCAAUGAUAUCAUUGUGUUCUCGUCAUUCAAGGCAAUGGCUAUGUUUCUGGAGGAUUUAAGGCUGUGCCAGUCGAUGCUGAGCCCAAGUGCGACAGUGUCGAUCACCUGUCUGUAUUUCAUUCGCAAUGGAGCAGUUUGAAUUUCACCCCGCUUCCACAUCUUUCAAUCGUGUAUGGUCGACUCUCGAGCCGGGCGUCGAUGAACUAGUCCUCAACGAGGACUCGCAGACAGGCAGACGUACAACAUUACAGCGAUGGCAGCCUGGCGCCGGCAAUCAGCAGGACAUUUUCAUCCACGACUACGUUGAGGAGAUUUUCAUGGUUGAGGGUGAUUUGUACGACCAGAAUCUGCAGCAGGGUUGGGAGAAGGGCGCGUAUGCGUACCGAAAGCCUGGGAUGCGGCAUGGUCCUUUCAAGAGCGAGGGCGGAUGUUUGAUGUUUAUUGUGUGUAUCCCUGUGAAUGCGAAUGGCAAAGAGGCUGGCGAUAGAGUCUGACGGGUAGCUGCAUUAUUCCCGUUGGGAUUUUUGUAUUCUGCAGCUCAAAAGGUCUCUGCUGUGCCUUGCAUGCGUAUGAUUUCCGUGAUUCAAUAUGGGGUCGGGAUGGGAUCGGAAAAGAGGGCGUUUAGGGCCGGGGCCGAAGUCCGGGUUUGGUUCUCGGUCUUGACGAGACUACACAGAUUACUCCUGCAAAGACAAUCAAUUUGAUGUUUCAGUGGACGGCAACUCAUAAGGCAAAAUAUCAUGCAUAUAUGUGUACAAUAUAUGGUACUGAAUCUCGAUGUCUGUUCCCAGGUGCUUGGUGUGAAUCGAGGGCAGAUCAAAUGGAACG